AUGGAGACGUGUGUUAGAGGAUUUUCUUUUAUGGCCGAAAACAAAAUUGACUUGGCGGAUUUACAGUUCAUAGAAGGCGGUGAGUUGGAGAGGGCGUGGCGAAACAAUCGGAGGGAGCGAAUGAAACAGCGCGAGCAGAAAAUAUGGGACAAAUUUGUAGAGGAACAAGACGUCGUGAAAGGAGUUUGUAGUGAUGACCCGUACCAGUUCUUGGAUCAGCUGCCAGAAACCUGUAUGAAAGAGAUAAUGGAUAGCGAACGACCGAAGUUGUCUAGAGAAAAUUCUGCCGAGGAGAUAAAAACUAAGGAGCUACCUCAGCACAGUACUGACAACAAGCCUUCCGGAGACGACGGCCAGGCAACGUGUGUCGUCACCUUCGCUGACGAUAACGACAAGGAUGACUGCGAUAUGUUCCACAUUUUCGAUGAUGACCAGUCAGGCCCUGAAGAAGAAGUCCUCAAUGAAACUCUUAGCCCGGAGACGGUGAGGGAGAAAGAAACGGAGAUUAUCACUCAUCCGCCACCAGGGAGCCCUACCAGCCUUGAAAAAACAGCAAGUAAAUCGUCUGAGAAUGUAACGCAUGUGAUCGAGAGCAGUAUCUACUGCGCCAAGGUCAAGGACUUAAGGAUGAAGAUCAACGAAGAACUAACGUCUUUAAUGACUACGCUAGACCGUCGCGAUAUACUGACAUCCGAGCCAGAAGAUAUUCUGCGCAUGGUGAAAAGGUCAGCUGAAUUUUGUGGCAGAUUCAACAGAAUCUACAUGUAUCAGUUGCAGAGACAGAUACACGAUAUCAAACGUAACAACAGCGUGUCGUUGCCGUUUGCGAAACACACCCAGUUCCAGUCGCAGAUGGUGAGGAUCGUGUCUCUGCAUCAGAACUUGCUCCAGUCUUUCCAGGUGUUCCACAAGUCAGUGUCGCAAACUUGUUGUGUCCGCGAGAGCGCGAGUGCGCUGGGCUCGCUCAUUGCGUGCGUCCGCGACUCCACGCACAUGUGUCUCAACGUGUCUACGCCCAAGGACUUUACUGCCGCUCUCGACUUGUACAAAGACGAUCUGAUAUUGACUUGCGAUAAAGUCGAUGAGUUUGUGGGCGAGUACGCGAUCAGGUGUGAAGAGAUUCUUAACAGCUUCGUAAAUAUGAGUGCAAACACAAGGAAGGCACCAAAGAAGCAAAUGAAAAAGAGAAGCCUCGGCACUUUGAACAGAAGUUCUAUGAAGAAUGAUGCUGAAGCUCGUCUAUCAAUGUACUCCUUGGAUACCCUCCGACUGAACUUGCAUCCUAAGUCUUCGAGCUCACGGGAUAAUCAAUCCAGCUCAGUAAAAAACCGUAGCGCUAAAGAAGCUCCCUCUAGCAGUAAAUGCGGUCUGACUUAUGACGAGAAACCCGUAGAGACAGCCAAGUGCCCUAAAAGAUCCCGUCGUCCACUCAUGCGGGACCCUCACGCUGGACGGCCAAAAGCACCAAAGCCCAUUCGCGAAAACGAUAUACGGACCAUGGUCGAAGCUGUUGGAACAUGCGCGUCGAGUCACAUAAGUCGCGAGGCGAGUCCCCGCUCGGCGGGGACAGCGCGGCGCAGGGCGGGCGGCGCGCGGCGGGGCGGGCUGUCGGCGCGCGCGCUGGCGGCGCCGUGUGUCCGGCCGCUGUCCCCGGCGGCGGCCGCCUCGCUGUUUGCGCCACCGACGGUCACGCCUCGUACGCCGCGUACGCCGCUAGCGUCGCAACAACGUCAUUCCCCGCGCCCGUUUCAUACGCCGCGCAAUUCGCAUGAUCCGCAUAGUUUCCGGGCAAAAACCAAGGCCCAAUCACCGAAGAUCAAAAAACGUACUGAAGAGGAAAAAUCGAAGCGCCCUCUUAACUUAAUCACCUCAGUGAAGGAAACUACUAGUGGUAUAAAAAACAACCUGGAACCUCAGGAUAUGAUGCCAGUCUGCAAGAUACAGUGCGCCAUGAAGAAAGACCUGAAGCUUGAAGAAGCUAAGCAAAGUGCCAGAGAGUCAUCCAAGAAAUCACCCAAAAAGCAGCGAGUGGAUCAGAAUGAGACGAAAAAGGGCAUACCGGACUCUCCUAGACUCCUCGUUCCCGGGCUCAAGCUACAUGGUCCUCCCGCAAAAAGAGAAGAAGAAGAUUCUGCUAAAUAUGGAGAUUCCAGCAAACCUGAUAAAGCAGCGUCCCCUGCAGCACAGAGGGAACCAUUGAGUGAUAGGAAAGAGAGGAGUAAGGUAAAGACUGCCACUUUAUGGAUAUCUAAAGCUGUUUCAAGAAGAGGGUUCAUUGGAGCACCGUAG